CAAGCAGACGUCAGUGCCAAUCCAGCAGACGCAGACAUUUGGCCAUGGCGCGCAAAAAGAAAAGCGCGCAGACCGACGCUGCGACCCCCGACAGCGCCUCAGGCACGCCGCCGCUGCCCCCACCAGCCAACGGCGCUGCAGCACCGCCAAAGAAGCCCGCGAACGAACCCUCGACAUCUGCCCUCAUCAUCUGUCGCAACAAGCAUUGGCGCUACAUAUCCUCGUUUCACGGCCCUUGGCUUCAACUCCCGCCCGAAGUCCUCGAGUCGCUUGCCCACAGCAACUACCUCUCCCCGCGCCCGCAUCCCAUCGACCCCGCCGUCUUCUACGACCUCGUCAAGAUCCGCAAGGCCGUCGAUGAAGCGACGAAUCUCGCCGUGCGCGCCACCUCGGGCUUGACGUCUGCCGCGCUCAAUAACAGUCUCAAUGCGGGGAAUAGCAUGUUGGGCAGUGCGGCGGCGCUGGGGAUAGGGUAUGGAGGCGGGGGCACGAGCAAGCUGAGCAGAGAGAGGAAGCAUCGAAUGAGAGAGCUAGCAACAAGUAAGCUGAGCCAAGCAUACCAUCUAGACGAGAUUGCAGCCAGUGUAGCGACGAUGCAGAGCGCGAGUACGCUAGAAGAUGUCGCGCACUUGGUAUUACAACGGAACCCGGCAGACGUUGAUGCCAAGUACGUCCACUUCUUUCAUGAGAAGAUCCCGAGUCGCAUGAUGGCGCAGUGUACGCCCCUGGAUACCCUCAACGACAUUAUAAGCGAAAGGCCGCACGACGGGAGUCCGCUAAGGACUAGAGCUCUGACACGGAUAUUCAAGGAGGAUUACGUCAAUUCAGCAAAGGAUUUGAGCGAGGCGCUGUCUUCAGCACGUUACCUCAUGGCACAGCAUCGAGCGGGCAGGGAUCAGUUGGUGCUAGCCAAGACAUAUCAGGAACAGCAUGGGAGGGACUGGAGGCAGGAAGUCAAGAUACCUGACGAGGACCAGCCGAACUCGCUGGAGACUCAACUUUUAUUCCACAGAGCGGGAGUGUAUUUUACCAUAGCAUGUGGACAUGUUCACGCUGCAUUAGAUGGCUUGAGGGAGGCGGAAGAAGCAAAAGCAGGGAGAGACGCAGAAAUUGCUGCAGGACAGGAGCCCUCACCAGAGUCCCCAGAAGAAGCAGAAGGAAACCACCGCCGCGCAGAAGCCCGCAAGCAAGUGCGCCAAAAUGCGAAACGUGCACUUCGAGAUUAUAAUGCCUUUCUUUCUCACUUCGACUACACACCUGGUAUCUCUGCUGAACUCGCUGAAGAGUUUCUUCGGAGACUGGGAAAUUCGACAAACGGCAAUGUUAACGCCAAGGAGCACAUAAAGCCAAACAUGAAUCGCCUGCUUGAAUCUACAAACUCGUCCGCAUCACCCAUCUCCGAGGCGCUCGUCCCGCACCGACGUUCCCACGGUCACAAUUCCGACCGCGCCUCCUGGCCCAAACUCCCACCCCCAGAGAUUUUCAAAGUCUCGCAGCUUUUUGAACCCGCGCCGCCUGCUUCUUUACCGCCAUAUCCCGCGCCCAGGCUAGCAACACAAGCGGAAUCAGCAGCUUCCCUAGCAGCCACCGCAUUUGCAGACAGCCAUGAGAGUAUAACGUACCAUCCGCUGCUCACCGAUGCCCUACAUUCCCUACUCCUCUGCCACGCACUCAUCCAGACUCCACCAAAAGAACAUCUCCGACACGCGCACAAUGCCGCACGCCUAGCCCGCGUAUGCGACGGAUAUCCGAUUUUCCUUGCCGCCCGCUCGCCUGCGCGUGCUGACUGGAUCGAAGUUCUGAGGCGGGCUGGCAAUUGGAUUGGUAUUGGGAAGAGCUGGGAGAAUCUAUGUCGACCGGCGCCGUUGCCUGGGCAUGGGAAAAACGGGUCGAGUAACGAAAUGAGUAAGAACGGAGUAAAUGGCGGUAGCAGUGGAGGCGGCGAGACUGAAACCCAGAAGCGCGAACGCCAAAAACACGAAGCCAUACUCGAAGCCCUUGCAGAUGAGCGCGUUGUCGACGAGGAAUCCUUCCAGCGCGCAGUCCGCGCCCGCGAACGCAGAUUCAGGGACGACGAAGAAGCGGAAAAGAGGCAGCGUGAUGGUUCGCCUUCUCCCCAUCCCUCCUCGACUUCCACUUCAAACGGCUCUGCAUCUUCUUCGUCCAAUGGUGUCCCACCCAAGAGCCCGUCUUCACCUUCUCCCGCGCCUCCUGCAGCGCCCAAACGCUGGGCUCAGGACGACGGCCGCGAGUACCCGAUUAGCACCGAGCGCGCUGAAGCCAUCUCGCGCUGGGUACGCGAAGCCCCUAGCGUCACUGAGAGCACAGGCACGAAGAAGCGUCGUGCAAAGGGCAAAGGCAAAAAGCCUUCUUUACACAAAGCUAGCAGCACGGGAAUCAGUAUCGCGGAGAGCGUCGAGACGCUCAGUGUACAGGACGAGGAUGUCGAUGUCGAUGAUUAGUUUCCAUGUACGAUCAGGUGUAAGCGUGAUUCGACCUUGUUUUGUCUGCAGUUGCCAUUGUCUUUGUUGAGCAGAGAAAAAGCGAAUUGAUGUCUCAGCCUUGGCUUUGGCUUGAGUGAGUAAGAAAGAUAUUGGAUAGUGCAAGUAAGCGAUGAGUGAACGAAUCAUUGUUCGAAGGAGAAAUAACACCCUCGUUUUUAUUCACGCC